UUUCUUUUCUUUCUUUUUUCUUUUUUUUUAUUGAUUAAUAUACAUAAUGAGCGCAUGUCCUUUUUCCAAACCUAUUGAUGAAAGUGAAGGUGGAUGUCCAUUUGGUUCUAGUCCACCAUCUUCUAUGAAUAGUUCAUCAUCAUCCUCUGGUGGUUUAGGUGAACAAAUGGCCAAAUGUACAACAUAUCAAAGUGGUGGAUGUCCAAUAGACAAUAAGGCUAAAGAUGAUAUCGAAGACUUAUUAUCUGUUCAAACGCCGCGGAAUCUCUCUUUGAAUGGGAAAGUAUUGGAUAGAUUUCUUCCUGAAGCAUAUCCCAUCAAAAUUAAUAAAGCUCAAUUAAAUCAAGAUAUUCUAGAUGAUCCUCAAUUGGCUAUGGCGAUGCGACAAGGCACAAAAGUAGUUCAUAGUGCUGCAGAAAACAGUGUGUUCACUCGACGUUUUUUGAAAGGUGACAUUACUAAAGGUGAAUAUGGUCAAUACCUACGUUCAUUGUAUUUUAUAUACAAGUCUAUGGAAGAAUUAUUAGAGAAACAUCAACAAGAUCCAGCCAUAGAAAUGAUCUAUUUCCCUGAUGAACUUAACCGUGAACAAGCACUAUUAGAAGAUUUGACAUAUUUUUAUGGACGUGAACGACUGGCUCAAGUAACUCAUCCUGAUACUAUGACACCAGCUGUGAAACGAUAUAUUCAAGCCAUGGAAGAAGCGUGUAAAGUGAAUCCUGCAUUAAUGGUAUCUCAUAGUUAUGCUCGUUAUUUAGGUGAUUUAUCAGGUGGACAAAUAUUAGCCAAAAGACUCAAAAAGUAUAUCUUACAUUUGGAAAAACAAGAUAGUUCAUGGGAUUCUCGAUUAGGUGUUUCUUUUUAUUAUUUUAACAAUAUUGGAAAUCAAAAUGAAUUCAAGAAUAUGUAUCGUCAACAAUUGGAUGAAGCACCUGUGACUGCAAGAACAAAAGACAUGGUGGUAGCAGAAGCUGUCCGAUGUUUUGAAUUGAAUAUUGCUUUAUUUGAUGAAAUUCAAGCAUUAUCUGAUGCUAAUGAAUUGAUAUCCAUUGAUGAUAAUAACAAGAAGAAUAGAUGGUCUUUACAUAAUAUAUCAACUAGUUUAGCUAUUACUACGAUUGUCUCUUUAGGUUGUAUUGCAUAUAUUCGUCAUAGAUCGUGAUUAUUA